UGGCAAAAUCUAAAAUAUCCCAAAACCUAAUUGUUGUACCUCGUCGAACCUACAUUAAAUUCAAGUAGUACUAAAUCAGCCACAGUUUUUUUUUUUUAGACAAACUAAAUCAAGGGAGUAGAUAUCUGCGGCCCAAGAAUUUUCUUAAAUGUGUCUGUGUUGGAAUAAAAGCUGCGGAGGAUUGAAAUCAUGUAGGGUAGUCAAAGGGCCAAAGUGAAAAUGUGCCCUUUGAAAAAUGCUGCUCCCGUGUCCCGACGAGGCGACGCCUUCGUGUUGAACGGCGACCAAAUCGCGUGCGUGCCGGGAAAAGUAUACGACAAAAGUGACAAGGCUGCCCUCGUGCUCCUCCGUUUCUUCUUCCUUCGUCAGAUCCAGCGCCCCACCACGCUGCCGUUGGAGGUUUCUCCGGCUUGCCGUUGUGGGAGGGAGAAAGCAGAGCAUGGGGCUGCGGGGCGCAGAGUCGGCGGCGCCCAGCGGCGGCAUGCCCAGCCUGCCGGGAUUCUUCGGCCGGCAGAACAAGUACCUGCGCAUGGACGACGUCGCGCUCGGCCCCCCGCCGGAGCACGAGGAGGAAGGCGUCCGUGCCGGGCGGCGCCGGAGCAGCACGAGAUACGUCUUCGCCUGCUCCGUCUUCGCCUCCCUCAACUCCGUGCUCCUCGGCUACGAUGUGGGAGUAAUGAGUGGGUGCAUUUUGUUCAUCCAGAGGGACCUCGGCAUCACCGAGGUGCAGCAGGAGGUGCUCGUCGGCUGCCUCAGCUUCGUCUCCCUCCUCGGCAGCCUCGCCGGGGGGCGUACCGCCGACGCCCUCGGCCGCAAGCGCACCAUCGGCCUCGCCGCCGCCGUAUUCCAGGCCGGGGCCCUCGUCAUGACGCUCGCGCCGUCCUUCCGCGUGCUCAUGGCCGGCAGGCUGCUGGCCGGCAUCGGCAUCGGCUUCGGCGUCAUGAUCGCGCCCGUGUACAUCGCCGAGAUCUCCCCCGCGGUGUCCCGGGGCUCCUUCACCUCCUUCCCGGAGAUCUUCAUCAACCUCGGCAUCCUCCUCGGUUACAUCUCAAACUACGCCUUCUCGGGCCUGCCCGACCACCUUGGCUGGCGCGUCAUGCUCGCCGUCGGCAUCGUCCCGUCCGUGUCCAUCGUCUUCGCGCUCCUCGUCAUCCCGGAGUCGCCCAGGUGGCUGGUCGUGCAGGGCAGGCCCGCCGAGGCGCGUGAGGUGCUUCUCAGGGUCACCGACAGCGAGGAGGAGGCCGACGAGAGGCUCGCCGAGAUCGAGGCGGCCGCGGCCAGCGCGGCAAACUCCGGCGAGACGGUGUGGCGGGAGCUGUCGAGGCCCUCGCCCACGAUCCGCCGGAUGCUGGUCACCGGGCUGGGCAUCCAGUGCUUUCAGCAGAUCACCGGCAUUGACGCGCUGGUGUACUACAGCCCCACCAUCUUCCGGGACGCCGGGGUGACCACCGAGAGCCAGCUUCUGCUCGCCACGGUCGCCGUCGGGUUCUUCAAGACGGUCUUCAUCGCGCUGGCCAUCGUGCUAAUCGACCGCGUCGGCCGGAAGCCGCUGCUGUAUGUCAGCACGGUCGGCAUGACCGUCUGCCUAGUCAUUCUAGCAUCGACACUCUGGCUGCUCGCGCACGGGGCGGUGUCCAAGGCCCUCGGCGUGGCGGUCGCCGUCGUGGCGGUGUGCGGCGACGUGGCCUUCUUCUCGGUGGGGAUCGGGCCGGUGUGCUGGGUGACGAGCUCGGAGAUCUUCCCGCUGCGGCUGCGGUCGCAGGCCGCGGCGCUCGGCGCGGCGGUGAACCGGGUGACCAGCGGCACCGUGGCCAUGUCGUUCCUGUCCGUCUCCCGCGGCAUGACCGUCGCCGGCGCGUUCUCGGCGUUCGCGGCCAUCUCGGCGUUGUCGGUCGUGUUCGUGCACAGGUUCGUCCCGGAGACGAAAGGCAAGACGCUGGAAGAGAUCGAGCUGCUCUUCGCCGGCGGGGAAGGUGGCGAGGGAGUGAGAGUGAGCCCCGGGGAGGUGGAGCUCGGUGACUCCGAGCACCUGGUGCGGAAGGGAUGAGAAGGUCCUUGUACUCUGAUGGAUCAGUUUGGAACUGUCACUCCCGUCUGAAUGUUUAGUUUCAGAAUGUGCAUUUGAUUUAUUUAUUGGUCAUUUAGGAGAAAAAUUAUAGACAGUUAACAGCCUUGCAGCUUGAAAUUCUUAGUUUCAGCUUGCAACACAGAGUAACAGUUAUGACA